ACAGUCUUAGGGAUAAAAAAAGUCGUAUGCAUGCAUUGACGGAUGACACAAAAUUGCAGAACCUCAAUAACUAACCAGUCAAAAUGUGUGAAAAAUCAAGAGAGGAACGUUUGCACUGGAAGAUCAGACUCACGUUUAACUGCACAACUGAUUAAAAACCGCACGAUAAAUCUAAGCGUUCGGCAACAGAAAUAAAUGGCCAAGAACCAAGAGUUUCGAAUUUAAUUCCACCGUUUAGUUACUUUCUGAGUUCUCUUUUCACUGUUUUUUUUACUGCUUCGUAAGAAAGAAAACUAAAGAACCAUGAAAAUGAUUCCUUCGAUUUAUACGCGCAUUGGUUGCACGAAUGUCAGCUACUCCCUCUGUUCCCAAAUACAGUAGAUGGCAUAUAAAAUUUAUUAAAAAGCGAAAACUUCUAAGCUUGACCAAAUAUACAGAACAAAAUAUCAACUAUUACAAAUUUACAAUACUGAAAAAAAUAAAUUAUGAGAGACAUGCUGUUUAUUCUCAUACUUUUUUUAUAUAUAAUGCUUGGUCAAACUAAAAAGGUACAAAAUGUAUUAAAGUUGCAUCAAUUAAAUUUGCGUCGGAGCAAGUACUUAUUUCUUUGACUCAAUUUACACGCAUCAGACUUUUCAAAAAGAAGAAAAAAUGCUGCACCAGCAAUCAACGUAGGAAAAGUAGCCAGCGUGGGCUAAACGUUAACGUUGCUAGAAAUCAUGGAAACCUGACCAUAUAAAAAGAUCUGGCAGCGACGCACGUGUAUAAUCUGGUUCCUUGGCAUAGCUUUAAUCUGGAGGUGAGGUUAGUCCUGCUCCAAGAAGCUGGCAAUGGCCUUCGAACAGAAGCUGCAUAUGAAACAAGGACAAGGGGAAACAAGCUAUGCUCGCAACUCCUUUGUUCAGAAUGAAGGGCAGAAGAGGAUGAAGCCCCUGAUAGAAGCGGCUAUUGCUGAUUUAUGCCCCGGCACUACCUUGUUGCCGACAAAGAUGGUGAUUGCCGACCUUGGGUGCUCCUCGGGUCCAAACGCGGUAGCGCUAGUGUCGACCGCCGUCGAGGCCAUCCACAAUCACUGCCACCAGUUCUCACAGCCUCCCCCUGAAGUGUCUGUGCUCCUCAACGACCUGCCUGACAACGACUUCAACUUGGUGGUGAAGAGCCUGGUCACGCUACGUCGAAGCAGCAGCGAGCCGCCCAUCGUCAUGGCCGGUGUUUUACCGGGGUCGUUUUACGAGAGGCUCUUCACUAGUGGUUCCUUGCACCUUGUCUUCUCGUCCAACAGCCUGCAUUGGCUCUCAAAGGCUCCUGACGAGCUAACAAGGAACCAGAUCCCGGCGUAUGACAUCGAUGAGCAUACCAUGCUUGAAAGGCGCCCUAUGGUCCUUCAGGCUUAUGCGCAACAGUUCAGGAAAGAUUUCACACGUUUCCUCGAGCUGAGGGCCGAAGAAAUGAUCCAGGGAGGCCGGAUGGUUGUUUCCCUUGUAAUCAGAGAUUCUGAUGUAAUCACCCCUGAAUACUCUCACCUCUGCGAAUUCGUAGCUCAGAUUCUAAGCGUCAUGGUCUCGGAGGGUGUGAUCGACAAAGCAAAGUUUGACUCUUUCCAUUUGCCUGUGUAUGAGCCUUCCGAGAAACAGCUGAGGGAGAUAAUCCAGGAUGAAGGCUCCUUUUCAAUCACAGAGAUGCAGGUAACCGACCCUUUCGUCGAUCUGGACAGCGCACUUGUGGUCCCAAGCAGGUUUUCAAAGGUGAUCAGAGCCGCAUUCGAGCCGAUAAUAGUCCUUCAUUUUGGGGAAGUCAUGGAUGAAUUUGUGAAGACGCUGGAGCACCACUGGAGCUUUGUAUGCAGCUUGCAAGACGAGCAUGCCAAAAGCCCACGGCUGAUGGCGAUCUUAUCCCUCAAGAAGGCAUGACCAGGCACACGGGUUACUCCGGUUCUUUUUGGGGCGGUGCCAUGAAGACAAAGAGUUUGAAGUCCUCACAGGGAUUUUAUUGUAAUUCUUAGUUGUGAGAGUUACCGUGUAGUUGCUUGAAUCUUGAUUCCAAAGCAAUGUAUCUGUAAUGGUUUUGAGUAUGAAUAAAGUUGGAUGAGAAGAGCGAUUAUCAAAAA